UUUUCUUUUUGUGGAUUCGCCAAGCUGCGAAGACUCAGCAAUUAGUGAGAAGUGAAAAGUAUGGAGUUUAUGCCGUGACAGCCGCUUCACACUUCACAAACAUCGACGACCAGAGGAGAGCUGUUGUCACCCGUUCAUCACAAGGGAUCCCGCGUACCACCUGUGGUACUUUUACUGCACUUUGAGAAUCACUGAGCUAGGCUAAACACAAGCCUCCUUCAGAAGCACCAAACAACCCGACUCCCUCCGUUUACUGCAUGUGUCCAAUAUGGCUUGACUGGGGGAUCUUCUGCUGACACUUCCAAUCUACACUUAUCUGCGCCCUUUCCUCCUCCGACAACAUUCUGGUGUGAGUCUGUUCCUUGGAGCCCUCCCCACCGCAACCAUGGCGAGUUUGGUGCUCAAUGAGACUGGAAUGGAGGACUGCGGCAUUGAUGACUCCUUCAAAUACAACUUAUAUUCCGUGGUCUACAGUGUGGUCUUUGUCUUGGGUCUCAUCACCAACUGUGCUGCUCUCUUUGUCUUCUGCUUCCGCAUGAAGAUGCGCAAUGAGACGACAAUGUUUAUGACUAAUUUAGCACUAUCAGAUUUAGUCUUUGUUUUUACGUUGCCAUUUAAGGUGUUCUACAAUGUUAACCGCCACUGGCCAUUUGGAGAUGGACUGUGUAAAGUUUCAGGAACAGCCUUCAUCACUAACAUCUAUGGUAGCAUGCUCUUUCUCACCUGCAUCAGCGUCGACCGCUUUUUGGCAAUAGUCUACCCUUUCCGCUCCCGCUCCAUCCGCACGCGUAGGAACGCUGCCAUGGUGUGUGCAGCUGUGUGGUUGACCAUUGUGGGCGGAGGGAUAUCAGUCACCUUCUUCUCUACCAUCAACAGCACAAAUAGAGCCACAACCUGUUUUGAAGGCUUCUCGAAGAGUACCUGGAGGACCUACCUUUCCAAAAUCACCAUCUUUAUUGAGAUUGUGGGAUUCCUACUUCCCCUCCUGGCCAACUUGGUAUGUUCCUCGCUGGUUCUAAGAACACUGCGCCGUCCAGUGUCUCUUGGCCACGGCUGUGACAGCAAGAAACGCGUCUUGAGGAUGAUUCUCGUCCAUCUCGCCAUCUUCAUCAUCUGCUUCGUCCCUUAUAACUCUAUUCUCUUCCUGUAUGCCCUGGUGAGGACCCAGGCCUUAGCUAAUUGCUCCGUGGAGCGUUUCGCACGAACUCUGUACCCUAUCACUCUGUGUCUGGCCAGUCUCAACUGCUGCCUGGACCCCGUGGUCUAUUACUUCACUUCUGAAAGCUUCCAAAAAAGUCUGACCUUGGGGAGCAAAGGGUCUGGCUCCCGGCCUGAGAGUAUUCCCCGUAGCGACAGCGAGACACAGGACCUCUCAAACACUCCCCCAAGAGACACGCACACUUUGACGAGGAAUGGAAAAGACACUAAAGUAUCAGAGAGUCAGUUUGUUUUUGAUGCGAAGAGUUGCUCCUAUGACAGUCUGAUCAGAUACAAGCUCAGAAUUGAUCCACAGUGUAGUCAAGUCUAUGCCACAUGGUAUAAGAAAAUAAUAAUAAUAAUAAUAAUAAUGAAUGCCAGCUGUCAAAACACAGGGGAACUGCGGAUGUAUCAGCACCAUGUGUAUGCAGUGGUGUACAGUGUCAUCCUUGUACCGGGCCUGCUGGGGAACAUACUGGCAAUAUGGGUGUUCAGGGUUUACAUCAGAGAAACAAAGAAGGCAGUGGUGUUCAUGAUGAAUUUGGCUGUGGCUGACCUGAUGCAGGUUCUUUCUCUGCCACUUAGGAUCUACUAUUACCUGAACAACAGCUGGCCCUUUGGUCAUGCUCUCUGCAUGAUCUGUUUCUAUCUGAAGUACGUCAACAUGUACGCUUCCAUCUACUUCCUGGUGUGUGUGAGCGUGCGCCGCUGCGAACUCAUCAUGCGACCGCUGAGGUACAAUGCCUCCAGGCGAAAGGCGGACGUGAUCAUAUGCACCCUGGGAUGGUUCUUGGUCUGCCUGGGCUGUCUGGCCUUCCCUCUCCUGAGAAACCCUGAGUUUGAUGAUGACCUUGUGACCUCAGGAGUCAACACCACCCCUCCUGAAGCUGACAUGGUCUGUUUCUCAGAGCUGCCCAUGCAGAUGAUCAGUACCUCAGCAGCCUGGGUUAUCUUGAUCGUAGCUGAGCUCCUCGGUUUCAUCAUUCCCUUCACCCUGGUGUUAGCCUGCACCUGCCUGACCGCCGGCAGCCUGCAGAUAAGGACAGCCGGCGCCAUUCCUGACCAAGGGGAGAAGCGGAGGGCUUUGAGGAUGGUGCUAAGCUGCACCGCUGUGUUUUUAGUGUGCUUUGCUCCUUAUCACAUUACAAUGCCGCUGGACUUCUUGGCCAAAGCCAACACCUUGAGCAGCUGCACCCUUAGGGAGCUGAUCCUAAGAUGUCACCCUGUCACACUCUGCUUGGCCAGCAUAAACUGCAGCCUAGAUCCCAUCAUGUAUUACUUCACAACGGACGAAUUCUGGAGGCGACUGAGUAAGCUCGAAAUACCAGAGCGUAUGAUUUCAAGCAGAUGGAAUGUCUCAAGUGGACUUUGUGUGAAUGACUUCCUUGUUGAAGGACCAGUGGCUGAUAAUCACUUAUCCCCAUGAUGUUUGCACUUUUGAAGUGGAAAGGGGUGAUAUGUAAUUCACAUGCAAAAUUGAAUGUGAGAAUGUCUUGGAAGAUGUGUUUACUACUACUUUACCUGCGCAUUUGUAGUGAUGGGAGACAACAUUUUGAAGGAGACUUCUAUCUGAACUGACAGGUGCCAGGAUUAUAGAUCCGCCCUAAACUGGCUCCCUAUUCAAUGCUAUGUAAAGACAAACUAAUGGUCACAAGUGGGAAAUAAAAGUGUCUCGCUUGUUAUUUGCACAAUGAUGAGCAAACACAAGAAAUGCAUUACUUAAAUUCAUCUUUAAUAACCAAACAAAGUGAGAUCAGUUAAGUGGCUGUCCACGUGUAUCUAAUAAUCAUGUAGUCUGUUAAAAAUAUGGGCAAACAUUUCCAAGCAGGCUUCACGUUCGAUUGUCUUUCUGGACAGGCGCCAUUGAAAAUAACCGAGACCGCUUACUGUCACAGUCAAAGGCAAUUGCAAUAAGCAUGUGUGUUUGUCUUUUAAAGCAAUAUAUUUGAUAAAUCCAAAACAAAUUACAUAUUUGGAAAACAUGGAUCAUAACCAAUUUCUUAGAACAAUUUUAUGACACAAAUAAGAAUUAAAAUGAUCCCCAAAACAAUAUAUACUCAAAGGUUAAGGAUUUUUAACACAAAUAAGGGUUAAACUCACAGGUCCUAUACAGAGCUACAGUGUUCAUCAGCGUCUGAUGACAUCAUUAAAUAAACAUAUUACAGCGGGACAGCAGAAACUUUAGGGAAGUGAUUUCUGGAUUUGUGCUUCUAUGUAAAGACUGCAACUUUUAACACUUCCAAGGUGCUAUCGUACUACAACAAAACAUAACCCACAAUAGUAUAGUGUACAUGUCAUGAGUAAACAAAGCGGCCCUACAACUAUUUCUGCAUGUGUGCUUACAGUGAAGCUGUAGGCCAACACAUACAGGUCUGCUGUAAUAUAGAUGUUGAAAUACAGAAGCAUAACGAGGAGUUUGGAGGAAACUACAGCAACACAAAAGAAAAAAAAAACUUUGUAAAUCCUCGGUUAACUGGAGGUUGCAGGUUUUUUCUUUUUCUUUUUUUUUUUUUUUU